AUGUCCAGCCAGUCGUCGUUCAACUUGUCCUCGGAAUUGCCCGCCUGGAAAAAGCUCGAGUCCACCUACGAAAAGGUGGGCCGCACCUUGAAAGUCAAGGACGAGUUUGCCUCCGACAGCCAAAGACUCGACAAGUUCUCCGAGACCUUCACCAACUAUGACGGGUCCGAGAUCUUGUUCGAUUUCUCCAAGAACAUCAUCAACGACGAGAUCAAGAGCCAGUUGCUCGCCUUGGCCAGGGAGGCCGGCGUCGAGCAGUUGAGGGACGACAUGUUCAGCGGCGCCAAGAUCAACGAGACCGAGGGCCGUGCUGUCUACCACGUGGCCUUGAGAAACCGCUCCAUGAAGCCCAUGUCCGUCGACGGCGAGAACACGGCCCCCGAAGUGGACGCCGUGCUCCAGCACAUGAAGGAGUUUUCCGACGCCGUGAGAUCCGGCGCGUGGACCGGCUACACCGGCAAGCAAAUCACCGACGUGGUCAACAUCGGCAUUGGCGGCUCGGACCUCGGCCCCGUGAUGGUCACCGAGGCCUUGAAGGCGUACUCGCAGCCCGGGCUCAAUGCCCACUUCGUGUCCAACAUUGAUGGCACGCACUUGGCCGAGACCUUGAAGGGCUUGGACCCCGAGACCACGUUGUUCUUGAUCGCCUCCAAGACGUUCACCACGGCCGAGACCAUCACCAACGCGAACUCCGCCAAGACCUGGUUCUUGCUGUCGGUCAAGGACGAGGCGCACAUCGCCAAGCACUUUGCUGCCUUGUCGACCAACGCGGACGAGGUGUCCAAGUUCGGCAUCGACACCAAGAACAUGUUCGGCUUCGAGUCGUGGGUCGGCGGCCGCUACUCGGUGUGGUCGGCCAUCGGCUUGUCCGUGGCCAUCUACAUUGGCUACGAGAACUUCGAGGCGUUCUUGAAGGGUGCCGAGGCCUUUGACCACCACUUCACCUCUGCGCCCUUGGAGGAGAACAUCGCGGUCACCGGAGGCUUGUUGUCCGUGUGGUACAACAACUUCUUCGGCGCACAGACCCACUUGGUGGCGCCCUUCGACCAGUACUUGCACAGGUUCCCUGCCUACUUGCAGCAGUUGUCGAUGGAGUCCAACGGCAAGUCUGUCACCAGAGGAAACAGCUUCACCAACUACCAAACCGGCACCAUCUUGUUCGGCGAGCCCGCCACCAACGCCCAGCACUCCUUCUUCCAGUUGGUGCACCAGGGCACCAAGUUGAUUCCCUCGGACUUCAUUCUCGCCGCCCAGUCUCACAACCCCAUCGAGAACAACUUGCACCAGCGCAUGUUGGCCUCCAACUUCUUCGCGCAAUCCGAGGCCUUGAUGGUCGGCAAGGACGAGGAACAAGUGCAGAAGGAAGGCGCCACCGGCGGCUUGGUGCCCCACAAGGUGUUCUCGGGCAACAGACCAACGACCUCGAUCUUGGCCCAGAAAAUCACCCCUGCUGCUUUGGGUGCUUUGAUCGCUUACUACGAGCAUGUGACUUUCGUCGAGGGCGCCAUCUGGAACAUCAACUCGUUCGACCAGUGGGGCGUUGAGUUGGGCAAAGUCUUGGCCAAGGUCAUUGGCUCGGAGUUGGACAACUCUGACGAUGUUGCUGCCCACGAUCCAUCCACCAACGGCUUGAUCAACAAGUUCAAAAAGUGGAGCGCUUGA